GACACUUUUACUAGGGUUUAUUAAUUCCUUAAGGUUGGUAUUGCAAGUAAAAGAAAAUCCAUAUUUUGUACUUUAAAAGUCAUGCAAAAUUACUUAAAACGUCUAAAAUAAAAAUUACCUACAGGUAAAAAAGUCUUAAAGAUAUAUACAUUAGUUUUAUAUUGUUUGAAUCAAAAUAAAUAUCUAGGGGAAUUCGAUGUGUCACCAGAAGUGUUUGGUUACCGGUUGAGUGUUGGCGUCAGUUUUUAGUAAAAUAAAUAGAAUCAAUUGCGUUUAAACCAUAAAUAACGUUAAAUUAUCGAAGAAUUGUUAGUGUUAAACCAUAGUUGACGUUGUUUUUCCAAGUUAAACAUGGCGAAACCAGGCACAGAAUCCGAACCUGAAGAUAAGGAUAAGAAGAAAGAAAGGGGUAGAGAGCGCAAAAGACGCAGCGAGUCAGAUUCAAGUAGCAGCGACAGCAGUAGAAGUUCUUCGGAUAGUAGCUCGUCAAGCUCCAGAUCAUCGUCUUCUUCGAGUUCUGGGUCCAGUUCAAGGUCGUCCAGCUCAACUUCAGAUUCGUCCAGUUCCAGCAGUGGCAAGGAAAGAUCCAGACCAAAAAGACCCAAAACCGACGCGAAAUCGAACAAAGACAGCAAGGACAGCAAAGACAAGAAGGACAAGGAGCGCGAAAACAAGGACAAGAAGGCAGACGACAAGGACAAGGACAAAACCGACGUGAAGAAGGACGAAAAAGACGAGAAGAGCAAUCGCGUCGCGUCGGCCGACCGCUCGAGAAACGACGACAAAAACAAUUCGCGUCGGUCGAGAUCUCGGUCGGACCGCCAAAAGCGCAGGCGCCGCUCGCCCACGCCGAAGCCCACGAAGAUUUUCAUCAACAAGUUGACCAGAACUGUGAACAGGGAGCACAUUGUGGAGAUAUUCGGUACAUAUGGGACAAUUAAGAACGUGGAGUUCCCCAAGGAGCGUUUCCACAUGCACUUGGGCCGUGGACAGUGCUACGUGGAGUUUUCCUCUGCCGAAGAGGCGGAAAACGCCAUGCGCCACAUGGAUGGAGGCCAAAUUGACGGCCAAGAGGUGACGGCUUCGCCCGUGCUCAUCCCGAAACCGCGCCCGAAGCCGCCGCGGCGCUCGCCGCCUCCGCCGAUGCACAUGCGGCGCCCGCCCAUGCACCGCCGCACGCCGCCCAGGUUCAGGAGGCGCUCGCCGCCGCACAGGAUGCAGCGCAGGAGCCCGCCGAGGAGGCGGCCGCACUCGAGGAGCCCGCCCCCGCGCAGGAGGAAGCACAGCAGGUCGAGCUCCAGCUCGAGCAGAUGAUUUUUUUUAGAUAAUUUAAGCCUUUGACGUGGAAUUUUUUUAUUUUUAGUUGGACUUUCAAGAUGAAUUGUUUUUUCAUUUGAAUAAAGUGCGAGUUUUACUGC